GGCCGGGCCCCGGAAGCUGCUGCCGCCUGCCCUACUGACGUGUCGGGGCAGCGAGACGCGUCGCGAAAAGUCGCGGUGGAACUUACCUGCGGUGUACAGAUCUGGCGCUUUACGCUGCCAGGCACUGCUGAGCUGGGAGAUGUCAGCUGCAGUCCGGACGGAGCCCUUGGGUCCUCCCAGCAGCUUUGCGAAGCGGCUCCUGGUGACCGGGGGUGCUGGUUUCAUCGCAUCACAUGUGAUUGUCUCUUUAGUAGAAGAUUAUCCAAACUAUAUGAUCAUAAAUCUAGACAAGCUGGAUUACUGUGCAAGCUUGAAGAAUCUUGAAACCAUUUCUAAUAAACAAAACUACAAAUUUAUACAGGGUGACAUAUGUAAUUCUCACUUCGUGAAACUGCUUUUUGAAACAGAAAAAAUAGAUAUAGUACUACAUUUUGCUGCACAAACACAUGUAGAUCUUUCAUUUGUACGCGCCUUUGAGUUUACGUAUGUUAAUGUCUAUGGCACUCAUGUUUUGGUAAGUGCUGCUCAUGAAGCCAGAGUGGAGAAGUUUAUUUACGUGAGCACAGAUGAAGUAUACGGAGGCAGUCUUGAUAAGGAAUUUGAUGAAUCUUCACCCAAACAACCUACAAAUCCUUAUGCAUCAUCUAAAGCAGCUGCUGAGUGUUUUGUACAGUCAUACUGGGAACGAUAUAAAUUUCCAGCCGUCAUCACGCGAAGCAGUAAUGUUUACGGACCACAUCAGUAUCCAGAAAAGGUUAUUCCAAAAUUUAUAUCUUUACUACAACACAACAGGAAAUGCUGCAUUCAUGGAUCAGGGCUUCAAACAAGAAAUUUCCUUUAUGCGACUGAUGUAGUAGAAGCAUUUCUCACUGUCCUCAAGAAGGGGAAGCCAGGUGAAAUUUACAACAUCGGAACCAAUUUUGAAAUGUCAGUUCUCCAGCUUGCCAAAGAACUAAUACAACUGAUCAAAGAGACCAGUUCAGAGUCCGAAAUGGAAAACUGGGUGGAUUAUGUUAAUGAUAGACCUACCAAUGACAUGAGAUAUCCAAUGAAGUCAGAAAAAAUACAUGGCUUAGGAUGGAGACCCAAAGUGCCUUGGAAAGAAGGAAUAAAGAAAACAAGGAGCCCCAGAGCAAAGACGGCUUGGCAGAGAAGUCUCAAACUGGGCAAAAAUGCCGGAUACCCCGUUGUGCUCAGUCGUUGGCUGGCGGCUGCGCUGAAAGAACUGAGGUGGAUCCUGACGACUCUGCAGACAGGGGCUGUCCGCUAACUGUGCUCGCCGCAGCUGGAUGACAAGCUCCAUCUUGAAGGGAAAUGCAAGUGGUGAGACCUCCAUAGCCCCUGCUGGGCUGUCUGCCAUGGGGAAGGGGUCUUGGGGCUUAUCAGCUCCCUGCACAGACUUCCAACCAAACCACUUGCUUUUCAGCCAGUGCCUUGCCCUCUCCCCCUCCUUCCCCCCCGCUACCGUGCCCACCUUCCAUGGCUCCUGGUACUCUGGGGACCUUUAGUGAGGUCUGCCAGCCCAACCUAGAGGUUCUGAGAAAACUUUCUGCAGAUGACAUUUGCGUUGUGCUGUGUUUUAAAGGAUGAACCACAGUCAGUAGAGGAAACUGAGGAGGAUCCCAGGCAGAAGGGCCAGCCCUGUGGAAACACCAAGCCGUGAACGAUAUUGUGUGUUCCCGGAACAGAGGUCCUCAGCAGUGCUCUCGCACAGAUGUUCUCACAAUGUGUCUCUAGUCCAUGAGCGACAUCAAAAACUGUAAUGCGAUACCACUUAGUACCUUUUAGGAUGGCUAUUAUUUGAAAAAGCAGAAAAUAAUAAAUAAAUAAUAAACAUUAUAAAUAAAUAAAAUAAUAAAUAAAAUAAAUAAUAAACAUAAAUAAAUAAAAUAAUAAAUAAAAUAAAAAUAAAUAAAAAAAACAUUGAUAAGGAUGCGGAGAAACUGGAACCCUGGUGCGUUGCUGGUGGGAAUGUAAAAUGGUGCAGCGACUGUGGAAGACAGGAUGGCAAGUCCUCAAAAAGUUAGACAUUGAAUUACCAGAUGACCCAGCAGUUCCCCUUCUAGGUAUGUGCCUGAAAGAGUGGAAAGGAGGGGUUCAAACAGAUUCUUGCACACCAACACUCAUAGCAUUAUUCACAGUAGUCAGAAGUGGAAACAACCCAAAUGUACAUCUUUAGAUGAGUGGACAAGUAAGGUGUGGUAUACACAAAUGAUGGAAUGGUAGAAUUCCACUUAUACGAGGUACCUACAAAUAGACAAAUUCAUAGACACAAAGUAAAAUAGAGGUUUACAAGGAGCGAGGGGAAGGGGAGAUGGGGGUGAAAUCAUUUAAUGCCUCAAAGUUUCUGUUUGGAGGGUGAAAAAGCUCUGAAAGUGCAUAAUAGUCAUGGCUACCCACCAUUGAAUGCACUUCAUGUCGUUGAAUUGUAUGCUUAAAAGUAGUUAAUGAUGGUAAAUUGUAUGUUGUGUAUAUUUUGCCACAAUAAUAAUUAUUUAAAAAUGUGUCCCCCAGACCAACAGCAUCUCUAGCACUUAUUACAAAUGCCAGUUCCUGGACCCCACCCCAGACUUACAGAAUCUGAAACUCUGGCUGGGGCACCCGCAUGUUUGAGCCCCACUGCUCUCCAACGUGAGAGGGGAAGUGAAGCUAGAGGGGAAAAUAGGGGCCAGGGCCAGGUCCUCGAAGGCCUUGUGUACCCCAAAAAAGUGCUUGGACCUCUUCCUGCCGACAGAGAGCUCACUUGAGAUUUUAAGGAAGAAAUUGACAUUGUUAGAUUUGUGGGACUAAGCUUUUUCCCGAUUUCAAAAGUAAUGUGUGCUCAUUGCAGAAAGCUUGGAAAGCUAAAUCAAUAAAAAAAGAAAAUCACACUUGAUCUACCAUUGGGAGAUAACCCCUGUUAAUAUUUAGAUGUAUAUUCUUCGUUUCUUGGAGCAUAUAUACACAUUAAAAAAACAACAACAAUAUGGGAUCAUAAUGGAGACAUACUGUUUUGGAGUCUGCUUUUUUUUACACUAAGCAAUAUAUCAUGAAUGUUUUUACAUGUUAUGAGAUCUUUUGCCAUUUUUAUUGACUGCAGAAUUACGU